AAAGCUUGCUAUCUAUGUGCUUUGUCCUAUUUGUCAGGCAGAGGAGGAAUCGAUGGCUCACUUGUUUCGUGAUUGUGCCUCAUCAAAGCAAGUGCUGGAGGGAAUUGGGGUGAAGCUCUUAGCAGUAAACAUGCAACAAAAUUGGAAACAAUGGUUAAAGGAGGAGGAGAAUGUUGUGGACUCGACCAUGGCAGAGGCAAGAGCAUGUUUGAAGGCGGUCUCCUUUGCGGAAGAGUUAGUGUUUCAAAAUGUGUGCGUUGAAGGGGAUGCUUUGACCAUCAUUCGGAAACUACAAUCGGGAGAGGAGGACAGAUCAAGUUUCAGUACUAUCAUUUCAGCAAUUAAAGGGAGAAACACUAGAUUCAGGACUUUAGAGUUCAGAUUUGUACCUAGAGAAGAAAAUGAGGCGACACAUGUGAUGGAAGUGGAGGGUAGGAAGCACGAUCAUGCAAUGAACUGGAUAGAGGAGGUUUCGAGGGAGGUGGAAAGAAUUGUUGUUGUAACACCCCAAACUCGGCCUAAAGGUAUAUACCAUACCGUUAACCAAAGAGGAGCUGAAAACCGGUGA